AUGCGCCAGGUCGACCUGGCGCGGUGGUGCUUUACCCGUUUUGGCAUUCGUCCCGAUCGCUCGAUUGUUGGCCGCGUGCUCAAAGGAGCCGACCAUUGGACCGCCGUCACUUCCAAUGACAACACCGUCCGCGUGCGUGGCGGCGCAUACCCUCAGCUGGAGCAGGCUAUGGUGCGCCGGAACCGCAACGCCGGACCCGCGGGUGUUCCCCUCACCCUGAUGACGAUUCGCAACCACGUUGCAACCUUCGCCCGCGGCAUGGACCUUUGCGACACCUUCCGCUGCUCCGUUGGGUGGGUUCGCCGUGCCAUGCGGCGCAACGGCAUUCGGUGCCGCAGCGCUGUCAGGGAGGCCGCCGAUGAGGACCACGCCGCGGUUUGUACAUGCCAUGAGCAGCUCCUGCAACUCUUGAUGUGCCUCUCCGUCCGUCCGCGCGAUGUGUAUAAUUUCGACAAGACCGCCUUGUAUUUGUCGGUCUUACCUCGCAAGACCUACGGAGCUGCGCGCGCGGCGGGGCGCAAGUUGGCGAAGGAGCGCCUCGCCGUCGGGUUGCUCGUGAAUGUGGACGGUAGCCACGCAUUCUGUCCGUUGGUCAUCCACAAGGCUAAGCGGCCGCGUGACUUUCUGCCUGAUUACGACUCUGAGGAGCUCGCCAUGCCGGCCGUCGCUUUCGUCGCCAUCGACGACGACCAGCCAACGUGUGCCGAGCCGGGCGAGGACCCGCUCGCCCUUGAGCCCGCGGCGGGGUAUUCGGACGAGUCGUGGGAGGCGCCGACCACCAUGCAGACCGUGUACGACGACGACAAUCCAGAGAGCCGCGAGGCACGGCGUUAUGUGCGGGCAGCGAGCGAGAUGCUUAUUGGCUACACACGGGCCACAGGCAUCACGCCGCGCAACCUUUGCGUGCUUUUUGAAUUUCGGAACCCCAUCAUCGUCGACCGCAUGGAGCGCGCAAGCCCCGCGAUGAACCUGAACACGACGCUGCCGCCCGCUCCCCAGCCUGCCGCGUCCCCUGCAGCUGCUCCUGCGCAGGCACCUGCCGCCACCACAGCGGCUACCACCCCCCGUCGCCGCGGGCGCGUUCUGCCUGCGUGA